AUGGAAAAUAGCAAAGAGAAUUCUUCGGGUGUUAAAAUUCCCAAGAAGAGCAGAUCUUUGGAUCUUCAGAGCCUCUAUAAAUCUGGGGCUUCCCAGGAGAGACCGAGUAAAAAGAAAAUUUCUGAAGAAAAUCACUGUGAAGAUGUUAACAAGAAGAAGAAGAGGAAGAGUAGAAAGGAGGUGCCAUUGAGUCAUUUUGAUCCCCAGGCUAAAAAGAAUAGGAAGGAGCGUGUCAAUGAGGUGAUAUCUGAGUCGGAAUUGAAAAGGAAAUCCAAUAGUGGCAUCAAUGGGUUGAAUGGCAUUUCGCUUGCUUUGGGCGAAAAAGACAACAAUUUUAAGGUGCCAAGGCGGCCACGUGGUUCGGUGGGGCGGAAAAAGUUUGAAAGUAUUCAGGAAGCUAAGCAGCUGGAAUUGCUUAAUUCUGUCGAUAAGGUUGAAAAAUUUAAUACUGAAAUUAGUAAGGACGAGGACAAUGGUGGUCCAGAUGAUGAGACAGUUAAGGUAGUUGACAUUUCCACGGCAAAGGUUGCUAGUUCAAAAGUUAAACGCAGGGUGGGCCCUGAUGAAGUGAAGGAGAGCAGGACGAAAGCAUCUCGACGAGCUAAGGACAAAGAUUGUCUUGGUGGUGUAAAUAGUGGUGGCACUUCUUCUGAAAGGCCGUGGAGGAACAUGAAGAAGAGGAAACAUUUGGCCACUGGUAGUGCAGGCAGUGGAACUGCAUCAAAGAAGACUGAGCUUUUAUUGGGUAGUUUAGUCUCAUCUAAUCAUGCCAUUGAUUUUCAAAAUGACAAUGAUGACGACGACGAAGAUGAGGAGAACCUGGAACAGAAUGCAGCUAGGAUGCUUUCAUCUCGAUUUGAUCCAAGCUGUACAGGGUUCUCGUCAAAGACCAAAUCUGACAUGUCAAGAUGUGCUAAUGGAUUCUCUUAUCUGGUUUCUUCUGCUCGAGAUAUGUUUAGUCGAGAGACUACCUCAUCUGCUGGUUUGGAGUCUGCAUCAGCUCAUACUGACAUCAGGAACCUUAGACCAAGAAAAGAGCACAAAGGGAAGCGCAUAUCAAGGAAACGCCGUCAUUUCUAUGAAAUUGAUUCUGGGUACUUGGACGCAUACUGGGUUUUGAACCGUAGAAUCAAAGUUUUCUGGCCAUUGGACGAAACCUGGUAUUAUGGCCUUGUGAGUGAGUAUGACUCCGUAAGUGAGCUUCAUCAUAUAAACUAUGAUGAUAAAGACGAGGAAUGGAUUAAUCUUCAAAAUGAAAAGUUCAAACUCUUGCUUCUCCCUAGUGAGGUUCCUUUCAAUGCAAAACUUAAAAAACCAUCCAAAGUUGAUAAAUUUGUUCAUAAAGGUAAAGCAGGCGUGGUUGCAGAUGAUGAUAGAUCCGUUGGGACGUAUUUGGACUCAGAGCCCAUAAUAUCAUGGUUGGCUCGUUCUUCACGCCGUGUCAAACCUUCACCUAACCCUUUGAAAAAACAGAAAACCAUGCAACCGCAUCUCCCUGUAGUCUCUCUACCAUGGUCUGAAGAAUCAGAUAACAAGAACAAUGAUGUGGAUUCUUCUGAAAGCGACAGAAGUCAACUAAAUUCUGAUUCUGCACUGCUAGAUGUUUCAGAUAUUGACAAAUGGGUCGCUAAAUCUCGAGAUGGAACCCAGAGUAGCUUCCACAAUAGAAAUCCUGUAGUGUAUAUGAGGAAGCGUUUUCGCAACAAAUGCGAAGGGUUCUCUUCUGCUUCUAGACGUGGCAAAGUACGUGAAAGUUCAACAGGUAAUGGUAAGGUUACUCUUUCUGCGCCUGUUAUGAAUAGCAUGCAGACUACAGAAGGUUACAAACGAUCUUCUGGUGUGGAUAUUACCAAGCUGUUGUGGUCAAUUGAUUACAAUGGUGACCUCAGACUCAGUACAUCAUUUGUAUCUUCUAGACGAUUGAGAUUUGAAAUAUGCUUACCUUUUUUGCCUUUCCUGGAAUGUUUACUUGGAAAAGGAGAUUUUUGGCUCUCCCAUACUGUGCUACUGCUUCAACAUGGUGCGAUUGUGACUGUAUCUCCUACUGUUAUGAUGGAGAUUCUUUUUGUUGACAGUGUUCUUGGGGUCAGGUUUUUCUUGUUUGAAGGCUGCCUAAAACAGGCUGUAUCCUUAAUCUUCCUCAUCCUGACAGUGUUCAAUCAACCUAUUGAACAGAGGAAUGUUAACAUGCAAUUGCCAGAGACCUCAAUGAGGUUCAGACUUUCUUGUAUUCAAGAUCUAAAAAAGCAGCACCUGUUUGCAUUUUAUAGUUUCUCCAAACUGAAAAGGUCGAAGUGGCUAUGCCUUGAUUCUAAGCUUCUGCAACAUUGUGUACUUGUGACACAACUACAGGUACCAGAGUGCACAUUUGACAACAUCAAGUCACUUGAACAUGAGAGCUUUCCGAUACAAAAACCUUGUGUUGGUUUGGCACUGCCCUCAUUUGAGGGUUUAAAGAAGAAUGAUGUGCUUGGCAUUCUGUCUAUGGGUGUUUCUAGAGAAUCCUGCGAGAUAAGGGUGAGCCAGGCUGCUUUUAAUUUGGCUUCAAAGCUUGCAGAGCUUCCACCAUUUGCCGUUUCAUUUACUGCUGCACCUGCCUUCUUUACAACACUGCAUCUCAAGGUGCUCAUGGAUCACAAUUUUGCUUGUGACAACCUUCAGGAUCAUGACAUAUUGUGCACUCUGAGAACUUCAGAAAUUUCCUGCCAACCAAUUGCAGAUGACUGCACUCGUAUUGAGUCCUGCUUGGUGAAUGUUCAGGAUAAAAUUGCUGAACAUAAUAAUGUUGGAAAAUUGUUGACUAGAGCUCCUGCUUCUCUAUUGUUGUCUGGAUCUGAACAAGAGUUGGGGAAAGAUGUCUCCAUAAGCAAUGAUCAUAAAUCUGACUCGAUUGGGGUUCUUCACAAGGAGAAGUCAGAUAGCUCUGAAACUACUGGUUGUUCCAAUUUUUUUGAAAAGAAUGCAACCGAGUUUAUUGUUCAGUCACUUGAGUGCGAAUCAAAUAAGCAGAUGCAUGAGCAGUGUGUUUUAAUUACACCCCAAUCCAUCACAUCUCCAAGCUCCAAUCUUAGGUGUGAUAAUGGGUUGAGUGGCAUGAGUGUAGAAAUUUCAUCCCUUGACCAAGUUGAUAUUCCUUUCAGUGGGAGAGGACGUAUAUCACGACAGAUUUCUGAUGAGGGUUGGAAUAUGAGUGAUGGUCCUGUCCACAGCCCCAAUCCUACUGGUCCCAGGAGUACUUGGUAUCGUGGUAGAAUCAGCUCAAGUACUGCACCUUCUGACGACCUGUCACCUGUGGGGCAUGAUGGGAAGCGAAACUUAAUGGCCAAUGGAUUCAGUAAUGGGCCAAAGAAGCCACGUACUCAAGUUCAAUACACAUUGCCUUUUGGAGGUUAUGAUGCAAGUACGAAGCAGAAAACCCACAACCAGAGAGUUCUACCUUACAAAAGAAUUAGGAGAGGUAAUGAGAAGAGGGUAUCUGAUGGUUCUAGGAGUUCUCAAAGAAAUAUGGAGUUGUUAGCAUGUGGUGCAAAUGUUUUAGUCACCCUUGGGGACAAAGGUUGGAGAGAAUGUGGAGCACAAGUUGUCUUAGAACUUUCAGAUCAUAAUGAAUGGAGAUUGGGUAUUAAACUUUCUGGGAUUACAAAAUAUUCGUUUAAAGUUCAGCAUAUUUUGCAGCCUGGGUCAACUAACCGCUAUACACAUGCUAUGAUGUGGAAAGGGGGAAAGGACUGGGUACUGGAGUUUCCUGACAGGAGCCAAUGGAUGCUUUUCAAGGAGAUGCAUGAAGAGUGCUACAAUAGGAAUAUUCGUGCUGCUUCUGUGAAGAACAUCCCUAUUCCUGGAGUCCGACCUAUUGAGGAAAGUGAAAAUUAUGGAAUUCAAGUGCCAUUUGCUAGGAAUCCUAUAAAGUAUUUCCAACAAAUUCAAACUGAUGUUGAAAUGGCGCUGGAUUCCUCUCGUAUUUUAUAUGAUAUGGAUAGUGAUGAUGAGAUGUGGUUGAUGAAAAACAAGAAAUCUUUAUGCUCCAAUGACAAUAGAUGUGGUGAGAUAUCUGAUGAAUUGUUUGAGAAGACCAUGGACAUGUUGGAAAAAGUUUCAUAUAUCCAACGCCGUAAUCAUUUCACAUAUGAUGAACUUGAAGAGCUGAUGGCUGGGAUAGAGUCCAAAGAAACUGCAAAAGUUAUUUAUGAGCAUUGGCGACAGAAGAGGGAGAGAAUGAGCAUGCCAUUAAUACGUCAACUCCAGCCCCCUCUUUGGGAGAGGUAUGAGCAGCAGCUGAAAGAGUGGGAGCAUGCUGUGGCCAGAGGUAACACUGCCCUUUCUGCUGGUUUCCAGGAGAACUUAUGCACACUUGAGAAACCACCAAUGUUUGCAUUUUGUCUAAAGCCACGAGGUCUAGAUGUACCCAACAAGGGUUCAAAACAACGGUCGCACAGGAAAUUCCCUGCUUCUGGAUACAACCAUACUGUAUCAGGGGAUCAAUAUGGUCUUCAUGCUUCUGGGAGGAGAUCGUCUGGGUUUGCUUUAGGAGAUCAGAAGGGGUUAUUUCCAGUAAAUAUAUAUGAUUCUGCUGAUUCUUCACCAUUAUUACAGGCUUCAACUCGGGUAUUGUCUCCAAGAGAUGCUGGUGGACUAGGAAAUUUCUUAUUGAACACCGAUACUUCUGAGUGGAAUCGUCACACCAAAUUUUAUAACAAACCAAAGAAGUAUGGAUCAUAUUCAUCUUAUAAUAAUCACUACACGAUGGCCUCUUACAACCAGAGAACAGGGAGCAUAAAUGGGGUUCCACAGCGGACCACGGGUUUACCUGAGUGGUCAAGUCAGAAGCCCUAUUAUUUUGAUCGACAACACAGGCUUGGGGUUGAGCAGUUGGGCGGUUCAGAUCUUCACGAGUUCCGAUUGCGUGAUGCAUCGGGUGCAGCGCAGCAUGCGCGUAAUGUGGCUAAACUCAAGAGGGAGAAGGCCCAGAGAUUGCUCUACAGAGCAGAUUUAGCUAUCCACAAAGCUGUGGUUGCUUUAAUGACAGCAGAUGCAAUCAAAGCUGCUUCAAACUCAAAUGGCAGUGGUUAA